AUGACCAAGCGUCGUUCCAGGCCACCAAGCGACGAGCUGGCACUCAGCCAUCUCCUGGAACAUCGUAUCAGUGCAAGCGGCCCGGAGUAUCUGGUUCAGUGGAUGCCCUCGCUGCUGGACCGCGAACAGGUCAUCGCUCGCUCUGAUGGAACCGCGUUCGUCGAAUUGAAUGGCGAGGAGUUCGACGUCAAACUGAGCGUUCCCAAGGGACCUACACAAUCAUGGAUCUUUUGGAGGCCGUCCUGGAUCUCUCGAGUGGACUUGCUAGAUUCACCGGACGUGGACAUGGAAGUUGUCGAUAUGACAAGUUUUGAGCCUGUGCUCUGUGAUUCACGUACCUCGCGAUCAUUGCCAGAUGGAAGGUUCAUGCCCGAUGCCGGCUGUGAUCACCCGGUCAGUUUCCUCGAGAGGCUGCACGCCCCUCUAUCCACCAAAGACGAUGCAAGCGGCCGUUGGUCUCAGCAUGGCCCACCAAAUGGGACGAUGGGCAUUGGGAUGGAGCCCAGACAGCCCUUGAUCUUUACGGACCAAUUCUGUGAACGGAAGCUCCUUGUCAAUGUUGCAAACACACGAUCUCGAGACGCCAUAGCCCUGCAAGUGGUCGGACUUGCACUGAAAGUGCCGUGCAACAACUGCGCAGGCGGAAAAGGCACGUUUUCACGCUGCGUGAUUGAUGCCAACCGCUCGGCGUUCAACGACGCGCCUUCGGAGCUCACCAUGCAGCAGACAUGGUUUGCAAUGGAUGGCAAUGACGCUAAGUGCGUGCAGUCGGUUGCACAGCAGCUUCAAUCCCGCCCUCAAGUGACCGAAGUCGUGCGGGCCGAUCCUGUCCAUGGAGAGACGUCGCCUUGUCUAUCACGCAAAGGCAGAGCUAUCACCACGUCUGCAGAUCAGCCCGUGCGGAGGAAGCCAGAAAUGACCGUCAGAGCUGCGCGCAGUCCUGCUAAGUCACGAGAAGCUACGGGGUCUUCAAGCAGUCGAAAGACGAGUUUGAAGAGUACGAAAAUCAAUACCGACUGGGUGGCGAGUAGGAGAAGAGACAUCCGCCGUGUCCGGUAUCGAUGUGAUGCUCUUCGCGGGGCAUUUUACCACAGCGCUUAUGAUUCUUGGGUAGCAGAAAGAGUCAGAAAGCAGAAGAAGCUACGGUAUCAAUCCAUUGAAGCUUUUCUGCUAGCAGGCUACUCGAAGGACUUGGAACGCGAUGCUGCAGGCAUCCUGGCAGGAGAUUCAAAAGCUUCGCAUUUCUCUCUCAGCAUGCUUGUUUGA